AUGGCAUGUGGGUGUAAUGUUUGGUGUAUAGUUUCCACAGUACUGUUGUUGUUUCUGAAUUUGAAACCUUUGAUUUGUGGUGAAUCACAAGUCCCUUGUUACUUCAUUUUUGGAGACUCAUUGGUGGAUAAUGGCAACAACAAUGACCUUUUGACUCAGGCCAGAGCCAAUUUUCCUCCCUAUGGAAUUGAUUUUCCCGAUGGUCCAACCGGCAGAUUCACCAACUGCCGGAAUAUGGCCGACAUUUUGGCUGAACUUCUAGGCUUUGAUGAUUACAUUCCUCCAUUUGCAACUGCAAGAGGCCAGGAUAUUCUCAAAGGUGUGAAUUAUGGAUCUGAGUCAGUUGGAAUUCGAGAUGAAACCGGACAACAAUUGGGUGCUCGGAUAAGCUUGAAUGCACAGUUAUCAAAUCAUAAAAUCACAAUUCGGCACAUUGCUACCUUACUAGGGAGUAAAGCUUUAGCAAAAGAGUACCUAAGCAGCUGCUUAUAUACAGUUGGAAUGGGCAAUAACGACUAUCUCAACAUCUACUUCAUGCCACAGUUUUACCCAACGAGCAGCCUAUAUACACCAAAGCAGUAUGCCAAAGUACUUGUUAAACAAUACUCACAGCAGCUAAAGACUUUGUACAAGUAUGGAGCAAGAAAAAUAGCUGUUUUUGGAGCUGGUCGACUGGGUUGCAUUCCAGAAGCCUUGACUACCUAUGGCACAAAUGAAUCUUCAUGUGUGGAAAUGAUGAACAGUGCAGCCCAACUAUUCAAUGACAAACUCGAGCUGCUUGUUGAUGACCUCAAGAACAAGCUAACUGAUGUAGAAUUUUCCUAUAUUUAUGCAUCUGGUUCUUCAUCCCAGGUUUCUCCAUCUAAUGAUUUUACAGUAGCAGACGGUCCAUGCUGCAAUGUAUCGACUACUAUGGGCAAAGGUCAAUGUAUUCCCCAGCAAGUUCCAUGCAGUAAUCGCGACGAGUACAUUUACUUUGAUGGAUAUCAUCCUACUGAGGCUGCAAAUAUACUCAUCGCAACAAUUGCAUACAAUGCCAUGUCUGGUCUACUACCCUGUGGAACCUCUUGUAGUAGCAGCCAUGGAGAAAAAUCAGACCUCCAUAGCAUUUCACUGUCUACCACAAGGGCAAAGUUUGUUGCACAAUAA